AUGGAUCUGUGGCGGGGUUACGGCUACUAUCCACCGUCACUGGCUGUUGCGUCGUCCGCCGGCUCACUGCCACCACCACCUCCAUCAGCAGCACAUUUCGCUCCGACAUUCGUUACUUCGUCACCUUUCUGUUCACCACUUACCACCUCAGCCUUCCCUAUCGAUAAUGGCCAUACUGGUGUUAAUCAACUCGGUGGUGUGUUCGUCAACGGUCGACCGCUUCCCGAUCAUAUCCGGGGACGAAUCGUCGAAAUGGCACAUCAGGGCGUUCGACCGUGCGAUAUUUCCAGGCAGUUGAGGUUGGACGAUCAAUAUUUUGCCAGAUUCCCAUGA